AUGUAUAGAGCCGCCGUGCUGUUAGUGACACUUUGCAUCAGCUGGCACGUUGCGUUGUCAGUCACCGAUGGUUUAUUGCCUAAUGGAGACUUCGAGCUUGGCCCAAAGCCAUCAGAAAUCAAAGGAACAGUAGUAACAGCCAAUAAUGCAAUUCCUAACUGGGAAAUUUCUGGCUUCGUCGAGUACAUAAAAUCAGGGCAAAAACAAGGUGACAUGUUGCUUGUUGUGCCUGCCGGAGCCCACGCAGUUAGAUUAGGGAACGAAGCAUCCAUUAAGCAAAAAGUUAUGCUCACGCAAGGCAAAUUCUACUCAAUAACCUUCAAUGUGGCUCGCACUUGUGCCCAAGAGGAGAAAUUGAACGUCUCUGUUUCACCAAAUUCUGAACCACAAGAUUGGGGAAUUUUGCCCAUGCAAACAAUGUAUAGUAGCAAUGGUUGGGAUGCUUAUGCAUGGGCUUUCCAAGCUGAUGUGCCUGAAGUUGAGAUCACCCUCCAUAACCCAGGAGUGGAGGAGGAUGCUGCUUGCGGCCCACUUAUUGAUUCUGUCGCAUUAAAGCUUUUGUCCAAUCCUAAACGCACCAAAGACAACUUGUUAAAGAAUGGAAAUUUUGAAGAGGGUCCAUACAUGUUUCCUAACACGGACUGGGGUGUCCUAGUCCCUCCCAACGUUGAAGAUGAUCAUUGUCCUAUACCUGGAUGGAUAGUUGACUCCCUCAAGGCAGUAAAGUAUAUUGACAGCGAUCACUUUGCAGCCCCCAAAGGCAAAAGAGCUGUAGAACUUUUGGCAGGAAAAGAAAGUUCUAUCUCACAAAUAGUGAAGACCGAAAUCAAUAAGAUCUAUGUCCUCACAUUCAAUGUUGGUGACACUGGUAACUCAUGUGUAGGAUCAAUGGCAGUAGAGGUUUAUGCUGCUAAGGAUAGAACUCAAGUUCCUUAUAAAUCUACUGGCAAAGGAGGGUUCAAGAGUGCCAAGUUCGUGUUCAAGGCCAUAUCCAAUCGCACAAGGAUUACUUUCCUAAGCUCAUUUUACACCAUGAAAAGUGACAACUCUGGUUCUCUAUGUGGUCCAGUAUUAGAAGAUGUGAAGUUGGUCAGUGUUCGAAGACCAAGGCGUCAUCUGUGA